UCUGUCGUUUUCUUUGUUUACAAUCCGGAUUUUGAAAUGCUGGCUGAGACUGACUGAUCGGAAUCUCAUGUUUACUUUCCAUCCAGCAUUAUUGAAUAAUCUUUUCGAUUACGAUCGGGGAGAAAACCUAGGUAUGUUAAUGUUAACAUUUCCGAAAUUCCACUCUCUCCUUUAAAUCAUACAUUUCAUAGGAUUAAAAUCUGAUGUUUAAUUUCUGUCCAGCAUUAUUGAAUUAUCCUUUCGAUUACGAUCAGGGAAAAACUAGGUAUGUUAAUGCUAACAUUUCAGAAAUUCCACUCUCACCUUUAAAUCACACAUUUCAUGGGAUCGAUGUUUUCAUAACCGAAAGAAAUUGGUAUUGAAUAGUUAGAGAUACCGAACAAUUUUCAACUCUGAUAUUUAAAGAAUAAAGGAAACAAAAAAUGGAUGCUCUAGAAUUCGAAGAGCAGGAAUCGGCAGCAGUUCAAACACUGCGGGAAAAAGUUUCGAGCCUUCUCACUGAAGAACAGAAGGAAGAUUACUUCUUAAAAAAAUGGCUUGUUGCUCAAAAUAAUGAUAUCGAUAAAGCCGAGACAAUGCUGAAACAGCAUCUAAAGUUCAUGAGAACUCGUGGUUUGGAUAAAAUUGACGAAAACUACAUACCCCCUAAAGCGGCAGAGUAUUUUCAUACAAGAAUGUUGGGCUACGACAACGAAGGAUCAGUUGUUCGUAUACUUCAUCUUGGAGCAACAGAUAUUAGAGGGUUAGCCUUAUCCAUGUCAAAAAUCGAUGCCCUUCGGUAUGCCACUUACGUCCUUCUAUGCGAUGGCAGAAAGCAAAGGAGAGAGAGAGCGAAUGAUAUAAUUUGCCAUAAACAAGUUUAUAUAUUUGAUUUAGCUGGGUUAAACUGGACAUCAGUAAUUCAAAGAGCUGUGAUCGAAAGGACCUACACGUUGUUAACAAACUAUGAAAAAAAUCACCCUGAGAGUUUGAAAUGUGUUUACGUCAUAAAUGCGCCUUCUUUUUUCAACUUCAUAUAUAAUUGGUUGAAAACUAUUCUUCCUGAGAGCAUAUUAUCAAAAGUGCACUUAAUUUCAAAAGAAAGCGCCACCGAAAUACUUGGUAAGCACAUCGAUCUCUCUAUCUUACCAGCCUCUGUUGGAGGCAAAAUGAUCGACGCUAGUGGAGAUCCUAAUUGCCCUUCUCUGUAUAAAAUGCCGAUGAAUUCUCCUGUUCCAGAAAGUCUGAUGUUGUACAAUCAAUUUGGUGUUCUCGACAAUGAUCCGCUGGCUGUCAAAGUGGUUGUAGAAUGUGGAGCUAUACACAAAGUAGAAGCUGUCGUCACCGAACCUAAUUCCUUUUUGCAGUGGGAUUAUCAAACAGUGAAUUUUGAUAUAUGCUUUGGACUUAAUCUUAAAAAAGAUCAAAAUUCAGAAAGCAAGCAACUCUUGCCCGCCCGCCGAGUAGAAAGCCAUAGAAUCCCUGAAUCGGGAAGUUUCACUUGUGAAGAGACGGGAAUAUAUGAAUUGUUAUUUGAUAACUCAUACAGCUGGUUUACUAGAAAGGAGCUUGUUUACAAAGUUUCCGUGUUGCCACCAGAAAAAAAUCCAUAUGAAUAAUUGUUAUAUUUUUUAAAAUUUUAUAUUUAAACUAAUGGAAAAUGCAUGUAUCUGUAUUAUUAUUAAUUCCAAUAGAUAACGGGUAUUUUCUAAUUCCUAUUGCUUUUUAUCACUCCCAUUUUAAUAUUGUUAAAUAUUUUGUAUGAAUGAAUAAAUAAAAAUAUUUAUCUGACAAAUAAAGAUAA